GAAAGCAAAUCCUAAACCCUAGAAUCAAAUCAGACGGAAAGAAAUUGCUGAGCCUCCAUUUUUUCCUCUCUCUCGUUCCUAAAAUCUAGAGCUUGUUAGGGGACACAGUUGAGCUUGCUGCUGUUUGAAUUUGGAGAUGGCUCCUCCUGUUAAGGCUACUACCAAAAAGGCUGAUGCCAAAGCACAAGCUGUCAAGGUUGCCAAGGCUGUGAAGUCUGGAGCUUCAAGCAUCAAGAAGAAAACAAAGAAGAUCCGCACCUCUGUUACAUUUCAUCGACCCAAGACCUUGAAGAAGGAUAGGAACCCAAAAUACCCUAGAAUUAGUGCCACUCCAAGGAACAAACUUGAUCAUUACCAAAUUCUCAAGUACCCUUUGACAACCGAGUCUGCUAUGAAAAAGAUUGAGGAUAACAAUACCCUUGUCUUCAUUGUUGAUAUCCGAGCAGACAAGAAGAAGAUCAAAGCUGCGGUGAAGAAGAUGUAUGAUAUCCAGACUAAGAAAGUGAACACCCUCAUCAGGCCUGAUGGUACUAAGAAGGCGUAUGUGAGGCUCACUCCGGAUUACGAUGCUCUUGAUGUUGCCAACAAGAUUGGCAUCAUAUAAUUGGAAGAGGGUUUCUAGUUGAGUUUGUUCUCAAAUUUACAUUUUGUAGUGGUGUUAAAGUUACUGAGGUUGACACUGUUUCAUUUUUAAGCUUAAAUGCAUUUAGUUUCGGUUAAUUUGAACUACCUGGACUUGGGCAAUACAUGUCUUUGUUGGAUUGAAUCUGUUUCAUAUUGCUGUAUUGUUGAUUGCGUUGGUGGCCCUGUUGCUACUGAA